CCCGCACCAACAUGGCCGCCGCCGCCUCCCGGUGAGCGCGGCCGCCGCGCGCCGGCCGUUGCUGGGCAUGCUCGCUGGGCGCCCCGCACCGACAUGGCGGCCGUCUCCGCGGGGGUGACUCUGGUGCUCGGCGCUCGGUCCUAGCCGCCCGGCCCUGCUCCUUCCACAGCUCGCAGCGCGGGGAGGCGGGUGCCCGGGAGCCGCGGGCGUCCCGCAGCGACAUGGCCGAGGGCGAGCGGCAGGCGCCGCCAGAUGCCCCCGAGGAUGCGCCCACCGCCCAGAGCUUCAUCAUUCCCAAGAAGGAGAUUCACACGGUCCCCGACAUGGGCAAAUGGAAGCGUUCUCAGGCCUAUGCUGACUACAUCGGCUUCAUCCUCACCCUCAACGAAGGCGUGAAAGGCAAGAAGCUGACCUUCGAGUACAAGGUGUCUGAGGCCAUCGAGAAGCUGGUCGCGCUUCUGAACACCCUGGACAGGUGGAUCGACGAGACGCCGCCAGUGGACCAGCCGUCACGCUUCGGGAACAAGGCCUUCAGGACCUGGUACGCCAAGCUUGACCAGGAAGCAGAAAACUUGGUGGCCACAGUGGUCCCUGCCCAGCUGGCAGCUGCAGUGCCCGAAGUGGCCGUUUACCUGAAGGAGUCGGUGGGGAAUUCCACGCGCAUCGACUAUGGCACAGGACAUGAAGCGGCCUUCGCCGCCUUCCUCUGCUGCCUCUGCAAGAUUGGGGUGCUGCGGGUGGACGACCAGAUCGCCAUUGUCUUCAAGGUCUUCAACCGGUACCUCGAGGUCAUGCGAAAGCUCCAGAAAACCUACCGCAUGGAGCCGGCCGGCAGCCAGGGCGUGUGGGGGCUGGACGACUUCCAGUUCCUGCCCUUCAUCUGGGGCAGCUCCCAGCUGAUAGACCACCCGUACCUGGAGCCCAGGCACUUCGUGGACGAGAAGGCGGUGAACGAGAACCACAAGGACUACAUGUUUCUGGAGUGUGUCCUGUUCAUCACCGAGAUGAAAACGGGCCCUUUCGCGGAACACUCCAACCAGCUAUGGAACAUCAGCGCCGUCCCCACCUGGUCCAAGGUGAACCAGGGCCUCGUCCGCAUGUACAAGGCUGAGUGCCUGGAGAAGUUCCCGGUGAUCCAACACUUCAAGUUCGGGAGCCUGCUGCCCAUCCACCCGGUCACCUCGUGCUAGCCGCGGCCGCGUGGGGGCCCCGCGGGGACAAGUGACCAAAAGCGGCCCAUCCUGACCUCCCGUGGUGGCCUCGGCCCCGCGUCCCUGCUUGCCGUAAGGCUAAGGCCGAGCCUCUGUCCCCACAGGGAGCGACUUCCUGCGUCCUGAGGGUGCCCCUCCCUGGCCCUCAGUGUUGCUGUCUUCCCCCUCGGGGUGGGUGCUGGCAGUGGGGCCCCUCACCUCCGAGGCAGGGGCACUCAGGGACAUGGGUGAGGCAGGGUCUGCUCCCCCUGCAGUGCUCCCUCCCGCUUCUGCCCCCUCUCCCAGGACAACUCUGAGCCCCCACCCAACUCCCCACCGGAUCCCCGGCUGCAGGGACAGUCUGAGCCUCAGCUCUGGCCUUGGGGCCGGGCAGCGGGAGGCAGAACGCUCGGCCCCUGUCCCCACAGCCCUGCUUGCUCCCGGGGUUCCUGGGGGGAGGGGACCUCAGAAGCACAAAGAGGGGCCCGGGCAAGGCGGCGCCAGGUGCCG